GUGGGAAUGGUCAGUUUCGUUGUAAAAAUGCGCAGUUUUUAUAGAAUUUACAGGCAAAAGGAACAUGUAAUACGCAUAAUACUACGAUUCAGCAACAACAAAGGAAAGCAUAAGCAUACCGUAAAAAUGAAAAUGUAGUCACGCAAGCCGAGAAAAAAUUUAUAUAGGACACAGAGAGUAGAAGAAAAUUUUUCAGUCUAACAUUUUCAUUGGAAGUGAUAACUUGGAAGAGAAACUAGAGGAAAAAAAAGUCAAUAUUUGUGAGAGGAUACAUUUAAGAAUAAAAACGUCAUUUAAGUGAAUGAAGUACAUAAUGGCUUAUCUACCUUAUGGAUGCAACAUAUUUGAAACGCCUUUUGAUCAUGAAGUAAAAACCAGUUUUGGAAUGCUUCCUCGUGCUCGUUCUUGGUCAGUUCCCUCAAAUGUCAUUGAUUCUGAACCAAGAACUCAUCGAUUUGAUUCAAAAGGAUUUACAGCGUUUGUGGAUGUUCAUUUAUUUGAUGCAAAAGAAGUCAGUGUAAAGACUAUCGAUCAUACCAUAGUUGUUGAGUGCAAACAUGAUUCUCGUGAAGAUAAUCACGGUUCAGUGGAGAGGUCUUUCGUGAGAAAAUUCAAUUUACCAUACGAAUUCGACAUGUCAUUAGUAACGUCAACAUUGUCAAAAGAGGGAAUUUUGUUGUUGGAAGCCCCAAAGCCUCAAGUGGCUGGUGAAGAGCGCAAAGUCGAAAUAACAACAACAGAGAAGCCAUCAUUCUUAAUGAGUCUGUUAUCCAAUCGUGCAAACUCAUUGAUGAAGCGAUCACACUCAAUACCAAGUGAUGAGGAAGAUGAAUGAUGUGAUGCUGUCUAAUCGCCAUAGCCGAUUAGACAACAGCACUUAAGCACAUUCACGCACGCACAGACGAGCAUUCCUAGUAAUUUGAGUCAUUUAGAAUUCAUUUACGAAUACUAUUAUAGAUUUAGACAUAAACAAUUAUGGACCGAUUAUUCUAGAUUCGACUAGCUACUUACCUUUUAAUCCUGCGAUAGUUUUUUCGAGUUUGUAAAUCACAGGAUUAAUUUUUUUAAGAAAAAAUAGCAAGAUUAAUUUUAAAUCUUGAUCAGAUUAGAUACAGAAUAGAUCAAUUUAGUAGAAUCGGUCCAAAAAAGUUAAUUAUUCAUUAAGAGUUGCAGAUUGUUUUUUGUUUUUUGUUUUUUCUCAAAUAAUAUUCUUGUUGGAAAGAUAUUAAUGCGAGGUGGGAUAAUAAUGUUGAAAAGAAUGAAAUUGCUUGUUAUCACAAUUUUUAAUCACAAUGCAUUUCGUUUUUAAUUCAUUGUUCGCGUUAUUUAGUGUCUAAGAACAUGAACACGAUUUUUUAAUUCGAUCACAUUUUGAGCAUAUAUAUAUUGAGAGAAUCUACCUCACAUCUAAAAUAUGAAAAAGACAAAAAAGCAUCAACGAAAUUUUUAUUAUGAGGACAAUGACAAAAAGAAAGGAAAUUACAUAGCUUGUAGAUGUGUAGCAUUUUUAUCUUUACAUCUAUUUAUGAUUCCAAUCCAUUUAAUAAUAAUGUUCAAUGUAAUCAAAACCAAUUUUUAACUAACAUUGCCAUCGACUUAUUAUAUAACGCAGUAGCAGCAGCAUAUACUUAACAGUGAAAAGGAAACGAAU